UAAUUCUUAUACUACUCAUGAGGAUUUUGUCAUAGCAGUUAAAAAUUAUACCAAAAAUUUGGGAUUUCAAGUAAGGCUAGAAAAAGUAAAAAAAAAAUCAACUGGAGAAAUUUGCAAAAGAACAAUACUUUAUAGUAAGAAAGGUGCUUCAGAAAAAACAAAUAAUAUCAGAAAUCGGCCUUCAAAACAUUGUAAUUGCCAUUUAUUAGUUUGUGCUUUCUUUAAUUCAAAUAAUGGAUUUUGGUAUAUUAUAGCAACAUAUCUAGAGCAUAAUCAUUCAAUGGUCUUACCUAAUUUGCAAUGGUUAAUGACAUGUGAAAGAACCAUUCCUUCAGAAGGAACUAUUAAAAAGCAAAAACUGGAUGCAAAUGAUUUUAUAAAGGAAUUAGAAAACAUUAAAUCUCAAGAUAAUAAAUUUCAGUAUAAAGUUAGAAUUAAUUCAGAAACUAAUAAAUUGCAACAGGCAAUAUGGAUGUUUCAUAAUCAACGAGUGAACUAUUGUCAGUUUUAUGAUGAUGUAGUUUUUGAUAAUACUUAUAAAACAAACCGAUUUAAUAUGCCUUUUGGCAUUUUCACAGGCGUUAACAAUUAUGGGCAGAGUGUAUGCUUUGCUGGUACAAUUAUGUGUAAUGAAAGUACUGAUAGUUUCAUUUAG